CCCAACGAGCUAGCACUGAUGCCUCCUGUGCUGCGGUCUGAUUUGCCGCGAGCCGGCCAUGACGAUGCACUCUCCAAGUGCGAGGAAGCAGUUUUGGCCUGUUUCCCCGACAUUUGCCUCAAGUUCUUGAACAGCGAAGCUGCCAAACAUGAUUGGGACUCGCAGCAUCUCAUCUCCCACCUGUUGGAUGAGCAGGAACAGGGCCGACAGUACCCAAAGCAGUCCAGCCCGCUGAAACGGAAGCGGCCAGAGAAAGAUGAAGUCGACGUCGAGGAGGAGGCUCGUCGAAGAUAUGAAAAGGCGGAACCACUAGUCGCCAAAGGUCGAGAAUACAUUAGGCUUCACAUCAAAGCUGCCCAUCGCCUUCUCAAAGCGGCAUUUCCCCAGAGGUACGCGGAAGAUAUCGAGAAACUCUUCAAGCAGCACGGUUACCAGCUUUAUCCAACCUAUUUGGCUCUCGAUAUGGCUUGUUGGAGCCCAGAUGCAGAGCCUGCCAGAGUCAAGAAAGUUGGCGCUAGACGUGACCACCUCGAGGACAUAUUGAAGGACACUGUCAUUGAGGCAGAGAAGGAUGCUUUGGAGGCUUUCAACGCUGCGCGUACCGUUUGCGAGGCAAAGGCCCAAGCGCGAGCAGAAGAGAAGCAAAAGGAAGAGGAGGAGCAGGAAAACUGGGAGCGAGCCAAGGCCGAAGGGACCAUCGCAGAGUGUGGCUGCUGCUUCGACGACAAACCGCUCAACAGGAUGGUUCACUGCGACGGGAGCGUCUGCCACUGGUUUUGUCGGGGGUGCGCGAGACUGAACGCCGAACAUGCCAUCGGCCUCUCCAAGUACCAACUGACCUGCAUGUCGGUCGACGGAUGCGAUGCGACCUUUUCUAGGGACCAGAGGAAGCUGUUCCUAGACGACAAGCUUACCACAGCCCUCGACCUGAUCGAACAGGAGACUGUCCUUCGACUCUCGGGCAUUGAGAACUUGGCAACAUGCCCGUUCUGCCCUUACGCCGCUGAAUAUCCGCCGGUAGAUGAGAACAAAGAGUUCCGGUGCGAAAAUCCGGGAUGUCGGCUGGUUAGUUGUCGCCUGUGCCGACAGGAGACACAUAUACCGAAGAGCUGUAGUGAGGCCUCUACGGAGCGCGGACUCUCCGCACGUCGGGCCAUCGAGGAGGCCAUGUCGGCCGCGCUGAUUCGGAAAUGCAACAAGUGCGGGACUCCCUUCAUCAAAGAAAACGGUUGCAACAAGAUGACCUGCUCGCGCCCCGGAUGCCGGAAUGUCCAGUGCUACGUCUGCCACAGGUCAUGCGACUAUUCCCACUUUGACGACUCCAGCAGAGGCGGAAAAAAGGGUAACUGUCCCUUGUUUGAGAGUGUCGAGGAGCGGCAUCAGAACGAGGUCAAAGCAGCCGAGGAAGCGGCACGCCAGAAGGUCGCCGAGGAGAACCCGGAUGUGAACGCCGAGGCUCUGACUAUCAACUUCUCCGACAAGGUGAAACAGGAUGACGCGCGGCGCAAGGUAGCCAACCCGGGGCCA